CCAUCCGUUCAUUUUGAGCCUGUGCAGCACGACGACCUACUCCCCCUACAACCUAUUCCUCGCACAUAACUUUCUUGUUAACUUUCACAAAUGGGUCGUGUAUUACUCAAGGUUAUUAUCUUAGGCGACAGUGGUGUCGGCAAGACAUCACUCAUGAACCAAUAUGUGAACAAGCGGUUCAGCAACCAGUACAAGGCUACCAUUGGAGCCGACUUCCUUACAAAGGAAGUUAUGGUGGAUGACCGUCUUGUCACAAUGCAGCUCUGGGACACCGCCGGACAGGAGCGCUUCCAAUCCCUAGGUGUGGCUUACUACCGCGGUGCGGACUGCUGUGUGCUUGUGUAUGACGUGAAUAGUGCCAAGUCGUUUGAGACGCUCGACAGCUGGCGUGAUGAGUUCCUUAUCCAGGCGAGCCCACACGAUCCGGAGAACUUUCCCUUUGUCGUGUUGGGGAAUAAGAUCGAUGUGGAGGAGAACAAACGACAGGUGACACAGAAGCGGGCUAUGACGUGGUGUCAAUCAAAGGGCAACAUCCCUUACUUUGAGACUUCUGCCAAGGAGGCUAUCAAUGUGGAGCAGGCAUUCCAGACCGUCUCGAAGAACUGCACUGCAACAAGAAGCAGAAGAACAACUAUUGACCGGGAGAGCACACAAAACUAUGGGUGCAACUGUUAA